AUGACCACUAUACUCCUCCUCAUCUACCUCUUCACAAUAACCACCUUUCUCCACCCAGGAUGGGCCCAGACCAACCAGUACGCCCCCUCCUCCCACUCUCCCCUUCAAAGAAACCCCCCAAAUCACAUCUUAACAGCAUACACCAGGCGAACACCUAAUAACCUCUGUUCAACCCCCGGCACCCACUACUGCACGCACAGCUCCCUCCACAGCCCAGAAAUACUCUCCUGCGUGACACGCACCCGAGCCGAGCUCCGCUCUUGCAAUAUCGAAUUGGCGCGUAUCAUACCCAAGGGAUACGAGGAGUGGGCUUUAUGCUAUGAAUCGUCGCCCGCGGCUGGGGAUGCUGUUUGUGCGUUUAAUGGGACGGGGUAUACGCGGAAAGGAGCCACUGUUGCGGUUCCGGAGACGGGGAUUUGUGAAGAUGAGAUUGAUGAGAGUGGUUCCAUUGAUGCGGUGGAUUUUGUUUCUUUGGGGGAGGAGGUGAGUUCGAGUUUGAGGUAUGGAUUAGGGUCUGGAUCAAUUCAUGCGAUGGUAUCCUCUGCGGAUGCAGGUUGGAGCUCUUUCCGGCCAGUUACUACGCCUGGGAUUGCUGGUGUGGGGGAGUCGAGGGCUGUGGAUCCUGGGGAUUGGAAUAGGGUUGUUACGGUGCUUGGCUCGGGGUCAGGUUGGAGGUCCUUGGGUGAUGGGGUCGGCGGGUCUCAGGAGACUACUAGAGUCGGUGGAGGGGUGGCUACUUCUGGGUUGGGGCUGGAUUCUACUAGUGCUCUUGCGAGUGCGUAUGUUUCAACUUCGACUGGGAGCUUACCGCUUUGGAAUGGCACUUCGGCGAUUGGGCUUCCUGUUGUGACUGGAUCUGUCAGUGGGUUUGGGGCUUUGUGGCUGAACGGGGUCUGGUAUGUGUAUGUUGUGGUUGUGCUCUGGGCUUUGGGAUGGGCUUGGUAG